AAGAAGCCUUAAUCCAAUAUAAAAAACUGGCUGAUUAUUUCGGUUUACCACUUAUUCCUUCCCCAUCCGGAGGCUACCACUUACAACAUCGGAGAAUUAAAGGACAGGAAGCUAUUAAUGGCUCUAAACUUUACUACUGUGCCAAAUCCACUAAUUACAAUUUUGAAAGUGUGGGAGAACCGAGAGGCAAAGGGCAAGGAGUAGUCCAUCCGUUAAGCAAAGACCGUUUACCAGAAUUAACCGAAGAGAAUAAGAUUUAUGCUAAGUUCGGUUUUUACUUUUCUAACCAAUUACCAAGGAAAGAAAAAAAGGAAAAUGAACGACCAAUUAUUAGAGAUAGUCGAAAUGAUUUAACCGAUACUUCGAUUGCUAUUGUUAAUUGUAAACAUUUAGCCGAGCAAAAGACCACUAAUUAUAACCCCUACCAAAUUAAUUUUUUAACCGAACCUUUUGGAGAGAAAAAACAACUAAUUUUAAAUGCCUCCCAUCCUUAUCAGCAGAAAUUAUUAACCAAUUUUUUAAAAAGUGAUGGUUCUUUAUUCCAAUUUAAACUUUUACAACUUUCCUUAGACUGCCACCUCCAACGGUGGAAAAGUGCCAAAGAAAGCAAAUCCCAGUUAGAAAUUCAAUCACUUCCCAUUAUCCCCAAAAAAGAGGAAGGUGCUAAAUGGCAAAUGGAAGUUAGCCAAAGCCGAUAUGGAAAGCAAUUAGAUUUAGAAAAUGGCACUUUUCAGCAAAUUAUUCUGACUGGAAAAGAUAAGCAAGAUUAUUCAGUGCUGUUUAACCCCGAAAGCAAUGGACUAAUGGAACCUUUUUUAGAUAGGAAUAUUGGCAAUUUUGCUAAUACUUUUUAUUUAAAGGCUGGAAACAUAAACUGCCGAAGAAUAUCAAUUGACCCAGCUGAUAAAGGCAAUAUGGGAAUUUGUUUAAAUAUUUAUGCCGAAGAAAUGGUGAUUGAAAUGGGAAAUUACUACUAUAAAGGCUGUAAUUGUAAUGCUGAUUUACAAAAUUUUCGAAAAAAAUUAGUGGAUUAUGCUGAGAAAAGGGGUCAUCGAGAAAAAUUAGAAAAAGAAUGGGGUCAAAAGUUAACCGAGGAUGAAUGA